UAAUCAUCCGUUAGUAAGUGAUAACUCAGUUCUCAGUUUGGCUAGGGCUUGCAUUGAUCGCAAAGAUUCUCUGAUAUGUACAGAGACAUAAGCUAGAAGCUGGUAACAUACUUAGUUGAAAAAGAUUGGAAUCUUGUUCUUGACCGUAUGACGUAAUCGAAAUCGUAUAUCAGUCUGCUUUGACUUUAUUUUUUAAAGUUAUUGUUAACUUGUUAAGAAGAUUUUGUAUUGUUUUGGUUAAGAAUGACAUAGUAGUAUGAGAGAUUUCUCUAAAUUUUUGAUAAAAAAUUUAUUUUUUAGUUUUAGUAAAGCCAAUACAUAUAGAAAAAUGUCAACUUACCGCAAAGCAUUCGUUCGACAUCUAGAAGCAGAAGAUACAUUGAAAAUUAAUUUCUCUUUUGGAACAGCAGAAUUCACAGAAAAAAAUUUCGGAUUCGUUCGUUCAAAGAAUGAAAAACUGGAAACUACUUUAGCUCGAAUGCAAUUAAAAAUAUUAGAUGCCAUGACUAAAAAAUUAUCCAAAAAGAAAAAACGCGCUGUCACUGAUGACAAUGAAACAAACAGUUUACCAAAUAUUACCAUUGAACUAUUUAAUAAAGAGGAUUUAGUAAGCAAUUCUGAAAAUUGUUUUAAUGCGUGGACCUUAUCUACGGAGUUAAAAAUCAAUGAAGUAGUGUACCAAAUAAUACAAAACCCGCCCACAGUUCUUCAAAUAAGUUUACCAAGAAGCGUAAUGGCUGGAUUUCCGAUCUAUCCAAAAAUUGGCCUAGAAUUCUGUUCCAAAGAACACUGCCAAUUUAACUGGUUCAGAUCUAUAUCUAAAAACAGCAUUGAAACCUGUUACCAAGAUGAUAUAGUUAAAAUCAAGGGUGAAAGUUGGCUACCUAUAUGUCAAAGCUUCAUUUAUGUCAUUCAAAAGAGCGAUAUCGGUUGUAGGUUAAAAUUAACUUGCCUUCCAAAAUGUGAGGAUAAGACUGGAGUGGAAGAAUCUGCAAUAUCACCUGAUAUUGUGCAACCUGGUCCUAAAAGAUGUCCAUUUGAGGACCGUCAUGAAUAUACAAAGGAAGUAACUAAAACUGGAAGUUUGAGAUGUGUAUCAUAUAAUAUACUGGCUGAUUUAUAUGCAGAUACAGAUACUGCUCGUAAUGACCUUUUUCCCUACUGCCCCAUUGAUGCAUUGAUGGUUGAUUACAGAAAACAGUUAUAUUUGAAGGAAAUAAUUGGUUAUAAUGGAGAUAUAAUUUGUUUGCAAGAAGUUGAUCGUAAAAUAUUUUCUGAUGAUCUGCUUCCGGUUUUGUCCACAACUGGAUUGGAAGGGCUGUAUAAUGAGAAAGGUGGAAGAGUUGUUGAAGGACUCGCUUGUUUUUACAGAGCUUCCAAGUUUAAACUUAUUGAAUCACACUCAAUUAUCUUAAGUGAAGCUUUCCCAACAGAACCAGUAUUGCAGAAAAUGUAUUCUAAAAUUAAUGAAAAUGAAAAACUAAAGCAGAAAAUAAUGAGCAGAACUACUGCUUUACAGGUGAUUCUUUUAGAGAGUACUGAUGUACCCAAGAAGAGAGUUCUUGUAGGAAAUACUCACCUAUACUUCCAUCCUAAAUCAGACAACAUUCGUCUCAUUCAAGGAUCAUCUUGUAUUUUAUAUUUAGAAAGUUUACUUCUUAAAUACAGACAGCAAGACCCAUCACAUACAACAGGACUUAUAUUUAGUGGAGAUUUCAACAGUUCUCCAGAUUGUGGAAUCUACCAAUUAAUUACUUCAAGACAUCUAAAAAAUACAUUCAAAGACUGGAACAGUAACCCAGAGGAAUUUGUGCCAGGCUUGGCUUUGGAACAUUCAUUAUCUAUGGCAAGUGCUUGUGGCAUACCAGAUUACACCAAUUAUACAGAAGGAUUUGUUGGGUGUCUAGAUUACAUCUAUUAUGAUGCAUCAACUUUUAAGGUGUGUGACGUGGUGCCUUUUCCUAAGCAUGAGCAAGUCAUUAAAAACAGAGCAAUACCAAGUAUAGAAUUUCCUUCAGACCAUUUAGCAUUAAUAAGUACAUUAGAAUGGAAAUAGGCUAGUAUUUAUUUUAUAUGAAUAAAUUUAUUGUCAUA